AUGAUCAUAGUACAGUACACCUCCCAUGGAGGCGUCUCCGAAUUGGUCCAUCCAGACGACACACUGGCCACGCACUGGAGGCUAGGGACUGUACAUUGGGCUCGUGGCGAUGCGUGGGCCAAGAGCUCCAGAGCCUGGAAUCGAGUUCAGAUAUGUGAUGGAUCAAGGACAGUCUGCGUUGCGAGCAAUCCACUAAUCCCCCCUGGUUGCGUAUGGCCGGAUGCUGCCCAGCCAUCGGGUGUUCAAGCGUCUCCCAACGUCUCCCUAUCCCCUUCCACAGUCUCCAACACGAUACUGUCGUCCACUGCUCCAGUCAUCUCAGCCAGGACCUCGUCGACUGCCCUUUCUACCGCCUCUGAUCAGCCAUCUGCCGCUGUCUCUGGCGCCGUCCCAUCAGUAUCCGCCUCCACGGGCGAUGGUCAGCGACCCUCCACUCAAUUCUCUAACCCUCACUAUGCCAUCUACCACAAUCGGGCUUCACGGACCCUACCGAGCUCCGCAGCCGACAUCAAGCCUUGGAACAGGUGGUACUUUGCUUUUUGGCAGACCAAUGGACCGCAAGAUGCGGUAGCCACCUUUGCCGCAAUGCCUGAAUCAGAUCGACAAGCGAUGAUCGCAGAUUUCCAUGCGAACGGGAUUGCCAUCAUGGUCUCUGCGUUCGGAGCCAACGACGUGCCAACUACGAGCGGCGCGAAUCCCACCGAGACCGCCAACGCCCUCGCAGCUUUCGUCAAGCAGUACGGACUCGAUGGCUGUGAUGUAGACUAUGAAGACUCUGGGGCCUUUAUCACGGGGACAGCAUACGACUGGCUCUUGACGUUCCAGACGGCCCUUCGGGCUCAGCUGCCGGCCCCUUACAUCAUCUCUCAUGCGCCUCAACCAGCGUACAUGAUUACAGGACAAUAUACCACCAAGGGAGGAUACAAAGAGCUUCACGCUGCAGUGGGGAGCGGGAUCGACUUUUAUUCCGUACAGUAUUACAAUCAAGGGUCGUACACCCCAUACACAGACUGUGAUAGCCUCAUCACAUCAGCCCCGGAUGGCAGCGCUUUGCUUCAAGUGGCAGAGUCAUCAGGAAUACCUCUCAACAAACUGGUCAUCGGCAAACCGCUGAACGGAGAGGACGUUUCAAAUUCAGGGCUGAUGGACGCUGCCACACUCGGUCAAUGCUACCAGAUGGCCAAAUCCAACGGAUGGAAUGCCGGGAUCAUGGUAUGGCAAUGGGAGACGGAUGGCGCACCGGCGUUCCUCAACACAGUGCUUGGGACCUGA